AUGAAUUAUCAUAGAUACGAUCAACAGAGCCCAGCAAGCACCUUCUAUCAGGAAGACGCCCUCGAUUACAUCCAUCAGCCAAAGCCAUCCAAGCCCGAUCCAGCAAACAGCCACAGCAAAUACGAAAACACAUCGAUGGUCAAAUCAUUUCAAAAUGUCGAACCCGUACCACUGCCGACGAUGAUCGCACAAGAGAGUAUGGAAGAACUAGCUGGCCGACAGAUGCUUCCUUCGAUUCGACGAGAGAUACCAUUCAAGGUAGUCGACUUGCAGGACGACAAGCUCGAUCCCAGUCAGUUUGAGUCACUGGCCGAACUCUUUCGACACCGAGCGUCCAAUAGCCAAGGAAGAAUCAUUCCGGCGUUUACUCUGGUAGAUCAUCGCGGAAAGGAGAUCACGUCGCUUACAUGGGAGAAGCUUUCAGCACGUGCUGAGAAGGUAGCGAUGGUUAUCCGAGACAAGUCUGGACUUCAAGUAGGAGAUCGUAUCGCGCUGAGCUACCGAAGAUCAGAGAUGAUUGAUUUUAUUGUUGCUCUGAUCGGCUGUUUCCUAGCGGGUAUGGUGGCUGUUCCGAUCAACAGCACAGAUGAGUUAUCUGAGCUCUGGUUCAUCUUGCGUGUGACAAACGUUCAUUUGGUGCUGACAACAGAUGGUAAUCUCAAGGCGUUGACCAAGAUGCUCAAGGCCAAGAAUGUGGAUUUCCCCAAGGAUGUUGAUUGGUGGCCAACCAACGAUUUUGGAUCACUUUAUGCGCAUCAGCUAAAGACAGGCAAGUACAGUCCGGUUCGAUCCACUCCGUUGGCCUAUAUCGAAUUCACAAAGUCCAUCAAUGGCGAGCUCAAGGGCGUUGCUGUCUCGCAUCAGUCCAUCAUGCGUACCUGUCACACCUUUACCGCAGCAACAACCGAUACAGUGGUCUCUGUUGCCCCCGACGGUACAGCAUCCGUCCUUCCUAAUUGGGAUACUCAAGGUGCAGACACCAUCUUGACUUAUUUGGAGCCGCGGCAACAGCUGGGUCUCAACGUCUCUGUGCUUUGCUCGAUCUAUAAUGGGUCUCAUACUGUCUUUGCUUCCCCAGUGGUUGUAGAAACACCUGCUGUAUGGAUCUAUCUUGUAUCAAAAUACAAUGUGACCAUCGGAUUGGCCAAUUAUCCGGGUAUUUACUAUACAGCUAAAUACUACCAGCGAAACCCCAAGGAAGUAUCAAACUAUAGCAAAAAGGUCACUCCCGACCUAUCAUCACUUCGCAUCUUAUUCAUUGAUUCGCUUGUCGUAAAGCCAGACAUGAACACAUUCAUCGCCGAUCACCUCUUGGCGCCCCUGGGUCAAAAGCUGCUGCAGUCGCCCAUCGAAGUCGUCACGCCAAUUGCGUCCCUGCCAGAACAUGCAGGCAUGAUUGUCGGUUUUCGGGAUUAUUUGGGGCCCAGUAAGCUCGAAGAGUACGAACAAGAACAGGGAACGAAAAGGACAAUAUUUGCAUCUGGAAAAUCAAGAGAUGUUUGGGAGUGUGUCUUGGACGCAAACGAGUUGAGAAGGAAAAAGGUCGUUGUGCUGGCUACUGCAGAAUCAGCUGCUAUCUACCGUGAGGAAGAGAAAGAUGAGCCUGGCUACGUCAAGGUGGGAUCUCAUGGAUUCCCAUUCCCGACGUCGUCCGUGGCUAUUGUGGAUCCUGAAACCAACUUGCUUUGUCCAUCAGAUACUGUCGGUGAAAUCUGGAUGGACAUGCUUUCGCCUCCUGAGGGGUUCUGGGGGAUACCUGCGCUAAAUGACUUGGUCUAUCGCGCGUCUCCUAUGAUUGUGCCGCCUGAAACGCUCUAUCCUGAGAACCUGCAUCAGCAGUUUGUCCGAACCGGCCUAUUGGGAACCAUCAUCGGUGGACGGUUAAUUGUGUUGGGCCCUUAUGAGGAGUGUAUACGACAGCAACGCUUGGAUGAGCAAUUGGGGGCAGAAGAGAUUCAUAUGAUCAGUGAUUUACUUUCGACAAUAUCAAAACGAUGCAAACUCGAAGCGUGUACGAUAUUUUCAAUUUAUGUCAACCGUCAACACCUACCUGUCCUUGCAUUAGAAUCGGCAAAUGAAGAUGCUACAAAACAAGUCGAGCAGGCAAUCAAUGCCUUGCUUAGUUUCCACGGACUUCGUGUCUUUGCUGCUAUCGUUACCGGUAAAGGAGUCCUUCCGAGAUACUCAAAGGACGGCCAUUCUACUGUUCAUCACUUGCUGACAAAACGCCAGUUCCUAUCUGGCCAGCUACCCAUUCAAUUCAUCAAGAUGGACGUCGAUCGAACUGUCUUUAGUGACGCCGCUUCUUUCGACACAAGAAGCAGCGUAUGGCAGACAUGUAUGGCAGCGUAUGAGCGUGCACUUGGGUUAAAGGUCAUCUCGCCUCGAGCGCGACCUCAGCAUUCAGGCAUAGAGAUGAUCCAGAACGCUAUUGAUGAACGAUCGAAUUACGACUUGUCACGAUUUAGAAAUAUGGUAGAUAUCAUGCUUUGGCGUACCUCUCUUUAUCCUGAAGAAAACGCAUUUGUUCUAGUCACGCAGAGCAGCACAAAGCCGAUUUCAUGGAGAAAGAUCAAUAACCAGAUAGCGACGAUUGCCAACUACAUGGGCAAGAAGCUCAGUAUAAAGCCAGGCACAAAGGUAAUGAUCCUGAUGCCCUUUGGCAUCGACCUUGUUCGAUCCAUCUAUGCCUGUUUUGUUUUGGGACUCGUGCCUGUCAUCUGCUCUCCACCAGACACGACACAGACGUUGUCGAAGCGUAUACAAGAAGAUGUGACCAUGAUGCUGAACGCUGUAGAGGAUAUUUCGAUCACACACAUCAUUGUCAACUCACAGUCAGAGGACCUGGUACGCAGCAAGAUUGUCCAUGCCGCCGUCAAGCACGCGGUCCAGCAUGGCCAGACCAAAUUGAAGCGACUCCCGGAUCACAUUGUCAAUAUUGAUAAAGCACCACGGUUCAACAAGUUGUUAGGCCCCGAAAGUGGAUACUCUGUUCGGUCUGAGUGGACAAGUGAUAAGUCGCGUCCAGCCCUCGUCAUGAUUCAUCCGACAGUGAACGAACUUAAGCAACAGUAUGUCGUUUAUGGUCACGAUACGAUUGUUGCACAGUGUCGUGCUCAAAAGCUGACAUGCCAGAUCAGAUAUCAACGACCGCUCAUCGUGACCGGGAUCGGAGGAUUAGAUGGACUAGGACUGCUGCAUGCUGUCUUUUGCGGUGUCUAUGUUGGUUGUACAACCAUUUUGAUGCCAGCAAUCGAGUUCAAGGAAAACCCUGUAGCCUACUUUGAAUUGUUAUCUAGGAACAAGUGCUCUACUGUAUGCGCUAAUUAUAUGCUAUUCGACCAAGCUAUCAAUCGAAUCAAUCCUGCUGAGCAGAAACAAAUUUCGUUACAAAAUACCCAAAACUUUAUGCUUACUGUGGCUAGCAGAACAAAGCCUCGAUUCUAUGAAAAGAUAUCUCGCUUCUUGUCACUUAGUGGGCUUGAAAGAGAAACAAUCAAUUCGGUCUACAGUCAUGCAUACAAUCCAAUGAUUACGACCCGCUCUUAUAUGCUGAUAGAACCUAUCUCGUUGAUUGCCGAUUUCGAGUGGCUACGACAGGGCAUCGUGCGACCAUUAUCACAAACAGAUGAAGCCUAUGGCGUCCUCUUGCAUGAUUCGGGUAUUGUACCCACAAAUACGAUGGUUGCCAUUGUCAAUCCAGAGACUCUGUCGCUAUGCCCUACACAUGUCAUUGGAGAAAUCUGGGUGUCUUCGGACAGUAACGUCAAGGGACUCUAUCCUGUCUCGAACACUACUCAGUUUGAGGCUACGAUUCAAGGCGCAGAUCCUCGUAUAAAGUACAUGCGAACCGGUGAUGUUGGUUUUCUGUGGAACGUUCAGAGACAGGCUAUGAGUGGGUCUGUUGAAGAAGGUCAGUGUCUGUAUAUCCUCGGGCACAUGGGGGAGAUGAUCAUGUCAAAAGGGUUGCUUCACUUUGCAGUAGACAUUGAAGAGUCUGUUGAGACCUGUCACCCAAACAUUUGGUCUGAAGGAUGCUAUAUCAUUCAAAUGGGUCUCGAAAUUAUCGUCGUCGUUGCCGUUAAAUCAAGUUCAUCCGCAUUAUCGACUAUUCCCCUCAUUGUAUCAGCUAUUCUGGAACGUCAUGCUUUACUAAUUGAUACAGUUGUUAUCAUCACAAAAGACCAGUUACCCAAAAAAUAUAACGGUGAAAAGAGAAGGAAAAGGAUCCUGUCGAUGUAUAUGAAUAAGGAGCUAUCGGCUAUUCACGUAUGCAGGAUCAAGAACCAACACCAGCCUAUUCAUUUACCAAAAUGGAAUAGUGUUGCUUCCAACUUAGGAGACGAUAGUGCUUCUGUUAUAUCAUUUGGUCAAACAUCUCAUGUAAACUUUGAUACAGAAUCAGCCAGCAUGUACAGAUCAUUCAUACCUGCGUCCACUCGAUCUCGUAACUCGAAUGGUGCAGAGUCUAUUACUAGCAGUAACGCACUUCAGUCUUAA